AUGAGACAAAUUAGACCGUGGACACUUAAUGACGCAACAGCUUUGUUCUCCUGGCUAUUUCUCGGUCAUACUGUUUGGUUAUUGGUAGGCACAACAAGUUUUGUUAGUUUAAUUCUAUGGUUAGCCAAUUCCCUUCAAUUUCAAGAAUGGAUUGCUUACCGCAUUGGCAAAUACUUGACUUCAGCAACAGGUGCGACUGUCAUUUUUGACUCGGCCAUCUUGCCUAAUUGGAAAGACGGCAAAAUUCGAUUUAACAAUGUCAAGAUAUACAGAAUGCCCCGCUCAGAAAAAGAGAAAUUUGAACGUCAUGCAGCUCUUUUGAGCACAGAAGUAGACUAUAUCAACAAAGACGAUGAUCCUUUGGCAGGUGUUGAAUUAGAUGAAGAUGAAAAAGACAAUGAAGUACUUAAAAAAUGGAUGUGGUGUGAUCUCGUCAUUGAUCGUGUAGACGUCACACUAAGCCUCAUGCGCUGGAUGGACGGUAAAGGUCUUGUUCAGAGCGCUGAUAUACAAGGUGUGCGUGGUGUGGUUGAUCGUCGACAUGUUCGCUGGGAUCCUGAUGUGCCUUACGAUCCAGUUGCUGCUCGACACAAAUACACACCGGGUGAUUUUGAACUAGAAAAAUUGACACUAGAAGAUUUGCUAGUUACUGUUUAUCAGCCAAAUGGAUUUAGACCUUACCCUGUCUCUAUAUUCCAAGCUCAAUUAGAUCGAUUCCGUAAACAAUGGCUUUUUUAUGAUUUACUCUGUGCUACUUCUAUUACAGGUUCAUUUGACAAGUGCUUGUUUAGCGUACACACGCCUCAAUUAGAAAAAAGUGUGUUGGAACAAUCUGGACACAUUGACUCUAAAAAUCCGAGUAUUAGAAGCCAUGAUAUUUAUCAUUACUACCCUUUCAAGAAGCCUGACCCAAACGGUGUUCUUGUAGGUGGCGAAACAGCACGAUUUGGUGUGAUGACAGACAAUGAAAUGAAGAAACAAGGCUAUAAAAGAAAGUCCCGCUUAAGAAUUGAUGGUGUCAAUAUUGAUCAUAUUAACCGUGGUGUGGAAGGUCCACCUGGAUGGAUUACCUCAGGCACAGUGGACAUUUAUGCAGAUAUCUAUAUUCCUCAAGAAGCUGUUGAAGCUGAUUCUACUGAACUUUUGCGUCGACUUGUCUAUGAACUUACAGAUAGCAUUGAACUAUCACAGCCUGUGAUCUUGGGUGCAGGCAAAGGCGAAGAAAUCCUUGUUGUCGGUGGUCAACGCGAAGAGAAAAAGAAAAAGGAAGAAGACUCCAUGGCCAAAAAGUUCGUGAUGGACAUGGAAUUUAGAUUUAAAGAUACAAAAGCGUCUGUCCCACUCAAGACGCCUGAGCUAAGCUAUCUCAAUAAUGCUAUGGUAAGACCCAUUGUAGGCUACAUUUCUCGCAACAAGUCCAUUGUGCCUAUCAAGAUUCGUGUCGUCAUGGAUCUCAGUAACUUUGAUGGUUCCUGGAGUCUACAUGACUCUACAUUGGCAGAAAGAAUGAGCGAAAAACUCGGUCAAGGUUUUGUAGAUUUGACACGCGACCAACAAGAACGCAAUCGACGUUUAAAACGUAUUGGCUUUUGGAGUAUCAAAGAGAUGUCUCGUAACUUACUUCAUAUUCAUGAACUCAUGCGUGGUACAUCAAGAGGUUUUUGGAGUUAUUUGGGUACUGGUACAUCCUAA